AUGGCACAACAGUAUACUGAAUAUGAUGCGCCUAAAAUGGUCCUUGAAAAUCUCGAUGCUCUUCAGAAAGCAAUUGUUAAAAUUCAGGAAGAAACUCUCGAUCUUGAACUCUUAAAUUCCCAAUCUAAAAUCAUCAUUCAGCAAAACAAAGACGAUAUUGAAAUGCUUAAGGAAAUAAAGAAAAAUCUCGCCUUUCUUGUGACAAAACAAAAUACAACGGUGACACAAGCUGAAGCAACACUGCCUGUUGAAACUAAACCAAAACCACAGCCACACAUUUCACAGCCGCAUGAAGGAAAUCCGCUAUCGCAAGUGACUAUGGACUGGUCUGUCGCUCCAGAAGAAUUUAAAAAGAAUAAUAAUGUUUCGCUCCGAUAUUGUCUUUCGUCGAACACUGUCAUUUGCGCUGUUAAUUAUAGCUCAGAUGGACGUUUGUUCGCAUUUGCUGAUGCUAAAACGCUUUUUAUCAUGAACUCUUCAGAUGGUUCACUUGUUGGUACAGGAUCAAUUCCGAUCGUUGAUGGAAAGAAUGAACAAUAUGUUCGUGUUUUAGUGUUCUCGCCUGAUUCGAAAUAUAUCGCCCUUGCAGGUAAAAAUAAUGAUAUUUACGUUUUUAGUGUAGCAAAUCCACAAUCAGAAAUGCGUGCACUUAAAAACCACACAAAUACAGUUUCAUCGCUAGCAUUUUCUCCAGAUUCGAAGAAAUUAUAUUCCGGAAGUUACGAUGGAAUGAUUUGCAUGUGGGAUACAUCGACAUUUACUGUCAUUAAGACGAAAUCUCAGCUCUGCCAGAACAAAGAUGAGUACAUGGUCACAUUUGCCCUUUCCCAUGAUGGAUCUUUCAUCGCAGUUGGCUUUAUGAAGGGCAAUGUAGCACUUUAUAGCGCACAACUUGAUGACAAAGCCCCCAUGAUCAUAAAACCGCACGAUUCCAUAUUACUAGGCUUAGAAUUAUCAUUCGAUGACGAUUACCUUGCCACUACCGCUCAAGAUCAGACCUCUACUAUGUGGAAACUGCAGACAUUCCCAAAGAUGGUCCACAAAUUCGAAGGGCAUAGCGAAUUGGUUCUCACAGUCUGCUUUUCCAGGGACGGCUCUCUCCUGUUCACAGGGUCAAAGGACGAAACAAUUAAAUGCUGGUCGGCAAAAACAGGUAACUGCAUUUUCACUUUGAGAGCUCACAAUAACACAGUUUUCCAGGUUCACCACCAUCCAAGCGAGGAUUGCUUCGUAACUUGCAGUGGUGACUGUAGAGUUUGCGUUUGGGAUUAUAAAGCUAUCCAGUAA